UAUCCCGAUUUUUUGUUUCUCGCUGCAUACCCAUCGUUAUACUUUAAUUAGAUCACACGAAUGAUAUAAAAUAAUGUUAGACGCUUUCUCCUGUCGCAACGUCUUGGUCACACAGCGUUCUCAAAGCAAUAAAUCGGCCAUAGCAAACGUGCGUUUCGUGUGCUCGCGCCUGUCUACACCCGACUUAUCUCAUUGUUUAUGUAUAGAGAAUAAGCCAGGAAUUUUUAUGGGAAUUCGGCGCGUAUUCUCGUUUUAAUUGAAUAUCUGGAAACGAUCAGGGGUGCGAGUGCGGCAGGUGCGGACGCGAAGGCGCCGAGCGGCUGCGGCGUCCCCGACCGCCAAGGUUUUGGCGAUCUCUAUUUAUAAUAAUGUCUCGAUCAUUUGGUGCAUAAUGACAUUCCUGUAAUGAAGUGCUGUACUGUGAAUUUGUGGGACAUGUGCCAAUUAUUGUACCCGUGACGACACCCGCGGCGCGUAUUACUCUUUCAAGUUGGCGAAGGCACGCAGGGGUAUGAUCAAGGAGAAGGAGAAGGGCGGAGGCGCCCGCCUGAAGGACGAGCCCAGCGACCCUGCUGAGCCUGGCCACGGGUCGCGUCCGCCGUCAGCGUCGCUGCCGACCCCGGCGGCGCUGAAGAAGGAACCAGAAGAGCCUCACAGGGUUAAAAUGGAGCCGCACAGCCAGCCCGAGGAUUCGGCACCGGAGCUGGGCGUCGACGGCAUCAAGACAGAAAUAGACGGGCUGAUGGACAGUGAUGGUAAAAGUGACCCAACAAAAUCUCCGUCCUGUGAACUUGGGGGGCCAGGUUCGUUGAAAUCAGAGCGGCUCUCUUCAGACUCGAAUGAUAUAUUAGACCCACAGACUGGCCUCAGAGGUUCAACAGGCAAUCUACAGGAUGGCAACCAAAACUGCCGCAAUCCAAACGGCGGUCCGGAGAACAUGGGCUCGUGCCGCAUGGGCGGCGGUGGAGGGCCCAUGGGCCCCGGCGUGUCCUUAGGGCCCAUGUCCGCCAGCGAGGCGCAGACCCUGCCCUCCAACGUGAUCAGCAAGCAGGCCGGCAGCAUGGAGCAGCAAAGCCAAAUCUUCGUGUUCUCGACGCUGUUGGCGAACAAGGGCGCGGAGGCUGUGAUCUCCGGGCAGCACCACUCAAUCAUCGCCUAUCACUGUGCUCAGCCUGGCACUAAGAAAUAUUUGGAGAAACACCCAUUAAAAAUGGGGCAGUUCAACAAACAAAGUCCAGCCCAGUGGUUAAACAAUCUGGCCAUGGCCAAAAACAGAGGUGGAAUGCGUGGCGGGCCCAACAUGAUGGGUGGACCCAACCAGAUGGGACACAUGAUGGGUGGCCCAAUGGGACCUAAUAUGGGGCCAAUGGGCCACGGUGGUAUGGGUCAUAUGGGGCCGAAUAUGAUGGGCCCCAACAGAAUGGGAGGGCCAGGCAAUCAAAUGAUGAUGAUGAAAGGCGGGCCCGGGCAGAUGGGUCAGAUGGGGCCUGGCAUGGGUCCGAUGGAUGGGUUUCCAGGGGGCACCCCGUCCUGUGGUGUCAUGGACGGCCUCGGUGCUGAUGGUGAAAUGCCCUGGGACACCAAAAACUCCUCUGUAAUGUCGAACGGCAUGGGCAACGGGCCGGGCCAGCUGCCCGCGUGCUCCGAAGCUGCCGGAUCGCAGUCCGACGCGCCCGCCAGCGCCGCCAACGACAGCUCGGGCGACCAGGCCUGUCAGGGCGGACCGAAAGGUGUCAAAAUUCCCGACGAGAAUUUGACGCCGCAACAACGCGCGCACCGUGAAGAGCAACUCGCGACCAUCCGCAAGAUGCAACAGAUGCUGUUCCCGGAGAGCGGCGGCAGCAACCCGGGUCAGGGCCCCGACGGCUCGCAGCCGCCCAACGACAUCAACCCGCCUAACUCCACCGCCGGCAUGAACAUGCCUUUCCCGCCCAUGUCCGGCAUGGGUCCAAAUGGACCCAUGGGCUCGGGCCCUAACGGACCCAUGGUGUCCAUGCCCAACAGCAUGAACUCUGGACCCAGUUGCACAAUGGCCGGGCCUAUGGGACCGAACGGGCCAAUGGGUGGACCAAUGGGACCCAACGGACCUAUGGGAGGCCCAAUGGGACCCGGUGGUCCUAUGGGAGGAAUGGGCGGGCCAGGUGGAAUGGGUAUGGGUCACGGCUCUAUGGGUCCUAACGGUAUGAUGGGCCCCAAUGGACCGAUGAUGGGUGGAAUGGGUCCAAAUGGGCCUAUGGGACCUAUGGGGCCCUGUGGAAUGAAAGGAAUCCGGAGUGCUUGUGGUGGUCCAGAUAUGAAAGGCGGGAUGUGCGCGGACAUGCACAUGGGAAGAGGAUGCGGUGGUCCUAUGGGGCGUAUGCCAAACCCCAUGGGUGGAAUGGGAGGACCUAAACCAUGCAUGAUGGGUGGGCCACACAUGGGACCUAGGAUGAUGCCGGGGCCUAAUCUCAAUGCUAUGAACGGUGGUAUAAUGAUGGACGGUAGUAUGAUGGGUGGCAUGGUGGGGCACGGCGACUGCGGGCCCGAGCACCACGGCAUGCCCGUCAACGGACCCAUGUGCGAUGAAUACGGACGCGGCAGGAAUAUGGGUCCGGGCGACCCAGGUGGACUUGGCCCAGGCGUGGGAAUGGGUGUGGGCCACAAGGGAGGCAUGCGCAGCCCCAAGAGCCCGGCCGGUGCAGACAUCGACUGGCAGAAAUUACACCACCAGUUCUUUGAUGACCCCAAGUCUAUGGACACUGAUUUGAGUACACAAGUGAAGUCGCCGUGCUCAGAAAGGGGUGGGUGUUUACCACCCCCGCCCUACGGCGCGUCACCCCUACACCGCUCCGCCUCUGUGCCUAUAGCAACACAAUCGCCAGGACACGGGUCGGUUCAGAUGCCGAUGUCGGCGGAGGCGUCGCGCGCCAGCUCCGGCCUCAACAGCCCCGCGCACUGCAAGCCGGGGCCCAAGCAGGACGCGCCAGAGAUAUUAGAGAAACUGGACGAGGGUGUGUUUGUUCGUACACUGCAAUGUUUGGCGGCGCAACAACAGAAGAACCAACAGGGCGGCCACGGCAAGGAACCCAGUCUGAUGCCGGUGCCGUCGCCGCAACAAAUAUCGUAUCUCAACCAGUUCGAAGGUCAAGAGUUGACGAUACAGAAGCAGCCGAACACGUCAUUGAAAGACAACGGACCGCCGUCGAACAGCGGCGGGCAGACGCCACAGUCGAACUCCAAUCAGAAAUCACCCGCCGGUAUGAUGCCGGGUACGCCGGAGCCACACUCGUCGCUGUCAGAGCAGAGAGCGGGAAGGUUCUCGCUCGAACAGAGUCCGGGCUUCAACAAUCCACAGACGCCCACGUCGGCAGCCAAUUCUAAAUGUGGACAAGACGAGAAAUCACGCCCGAGCCCAUCAUCGAACCGAUCGAGUCAAGACAGCGCGUCGAAGACACCGCAGCGGGAGUCGAACCUUAACCAAGGCCCGUACGCGCCGACGUCCUCGGCCGCGUCCUGCGCCAGCGUGAAAAGCAGUUGCAGCGUCGCGUCCAGCACCGCGCCCACCACCAACAGCGGCGGCAUGGACGACAGCAUGGCGGGAAACAACGAGACAACAUUAUCUGGCGGGCCGAACAGUACGAGUCUACCGGGUCCGUUCCCCGGGCCGUGCAGCAUGAACAGGCCCGACAACAUUCCCAUCAACCCCAACCAGGGGCCCAAUGGACCCAUGGGAACGUCCACGUCUUCCUUCGACCCCAUCUCCUCGCUGGCGCAGAUGUCACAGCAGCUUACUAAUACGGUGGGCGGCGGCGGCCCAGGCCCCGGGCCCAUGGGACCUAACGCGGGGGGCAUGGGACCAUUCGGCGCCGCGCCACACCACAUGCAGCAUCAUCACGGAAUGCAUCCACACUCACAUCCACACAUGAUGAUGAAUGAAUUAGGGUGCCACAUGGACAACAUGGGAGGACCAGGAAUGGGAGGGCCCAUGGAGAGCAUGAUGGGCGCCGGUGAUUUCCCGCCUGACAUGAAUCUUAGCCCCAAAAUGGGUGGCGGUCCCAUGGGCGGGCCCAUGGGGCCGAUGGGCCCCGAGGCGGCUAUGCUGGGGCCACGCAUGGGUGGCGGAGGAAAGAUGCCACCCUUCAACGGCGCUAACGUGCAGGUGAAACCCAGCGCCCCCAACACAAUUCAGUACCUGCCAACGCGGCCGCAGCUGCCGUGCAGUGCCGGUCCCCGCGGGCCUCCCAGCCUGGAGUUCCUGCAGCGCGUCACCAACCCCAUGCAGCUGGAGGGUAAGGGCGCGUACUUCCCGCGCGGCAUGGAAGAGGGCAUGCGCGGCGGCAUGCGUGCUCCCAUGCUGCGCAUGCCACACCACUACCCGGGCGGGUUCGGCUCGCCGCCCAAGCUGCCGGCGGAAUCCUUCGGCGCAGCGUUCCGCGGUGUGAAGGGUCCUGUGCGCAUGGGUGCGGCGCAGCCCCUGCCUCCGUCAGUGCCAGGCCCGGCGCCCGCGUUCAAGGGCCAGGGUUUCGCGGUGCCGUCGCCGCAGGACCCGGCGUACGCGGCGCAGUUCCACAACUUCCAGCAGCAGCUGUACGCGACGGGCAGCCGCGGCGCGCAGCCGCACCAGCCGUACCCGCCGUACCAGCCGCCCAAGUGAUGCCCGCCCACGGCCUGAGCGCCGGCGCCGCCUCGCCUCGUGUGCGCCGCGUUCUACUGCGCGCCGGACUGAGCGCCAGGUGACGUGUCGGUGCCGUGCCGGUGCCGAGCCGACGUCGUGUCGGUGCCGGCGGACUGGAGCGUACUUAAGCGUGCCGGCCGGCGCGGGGCCGGGCCGGCCGCGGGAAUCGAAUAUUUUGUUAGUGAUUUGGUUGGUCCGCAUGACGCGCGAGAUUCGUCGAUGUUGUGAAGUUAAUUUUAUUACGUUUACUGUAGUGUCGAGUUAGGUCUCCCCCCUAGGUGUCUUGACUGAACGUGAUUUUUUACGUUAGCGAGAGUGGAUGCGUUUGUACAAAUUGUACAAAGGUUAGACGUGUUGUCGUGUACUCUGCGUAAUUUAAAGUACAGUUUAGACGUAAUUUUUUGCUUAUGGCAAUAAAUUAGUUUUAGAUGGUUUUUUACACGGACAUGCCAGAAUUUCAGUGUAUUGGUUCCUUUACUUAGCUAUUUUUAUGUACGAUUCCUAUGCACACAGAUAUCUAGUCAAUUUUGAAAUUAACGGAGCCCGACCCUGUGUUGAACGUAAUCAUUAAUAUUGACUCCGCAGUUCGGUUACUUUAACGACACAGAAGUACAUAAUUUUAUUAUUAUAUAUUUUGUCCAUUUAGUUGUACGAUUAAUCUAUUAGUAAAAUAUUAUUAUUUUGGCUCAACGGCCAGUAUGACUAAUUGGUAUAUCAGUUAUCGUGAUGACUG